AUGUCCUGCAANUCUCCUCAGGGAGCUGAGAGGAGGCAGAGGCCUCAGUACAACUUAUCAGAGCCUCUCCAGCUGCUGACCUUGGAGCAAAAACUUCAUGUGGCACAGAGAGAAGCAACUGAGACACAGGCAGAUCAGGAAAAACUUAAAGCGAACUACGAGAGAAUUCUGGACAACUACAAGUCUUUGAUAAAAGAAGCCGACUUGCGUUCAACUGAGAUCAAGAAAGCCAAAAAAGAUUUUGAAYGCAGUUUCUUAAAACCUAUGAAAGGCAGUUUUCUGGAAGUAAGGGAGCCAGAGAAGGUGCUCCAGCACAUCGAAGACAAAUCAAAGGUCACCCAGCUGGAAAAGUUUCACCAAAAGAAUAAGGCAUUGAGAGUCCAAGUGAUGAAGCUCCUGCAGCAGCUCCAACAGAAAAAAGAGACGAGAAAAGCWGAAUUUGAAGUAGAGGAAGAAAUAUUUUUCCAGGAGUACGAUGAACCCCGAAUGGACAAAAGCCUAAAUGAACUUAAACACAACAGUUCUAAAGUUCAGCGUCUCCUCAGUUCACACAAGGAGAAGCUGCAGAGUUUGACACUGGAGUCCACAGAGCUGAGCAGUGACAUCACUAGAAGAAAGGAAAUGCUUGCAAAACUUGAGAAUGAGAUAAAACGUGCGAAGAAGGAGAGUUUAAAGGAAGAGGGGCUCAACCAAUUCCUGUGCAAAGAGCUUACAGAUUAUCACGUUCCUGAUAUCACCGAAUAUUUUUUCGCCAAGGAAAAACACAAGAAGAUGCUACAAAGCCUUCACCAUUGGAAGAGACAUGUUGGGAUUGCUGAGGGCACUCCCAGGUGGAAGUUCAGACAGAGACUCCCAGGAAUGGGCUGA